CUCUUCGCUUAUAUAAAACCCAUGGGCGGGCGCAAGACGGACAAAAGGCCCCCCUUCACAGCUUCCCUCCCCAAAGCUACUUUCCCACAAACCCAAACCAAAACAGCUUGCGUCUUCCAUUUCUUUUCUUGUUGGCGGCCUUCUUCUUGCCUUGCUCGUUGCUUCUUGAGGUCGAACCCCCUCUGCGCCUUGCCCAAGUCUCUGUGUGUUUUAUAGGCUUGGGAGCUUGGAAUAGGUGGGGUGGAGGAAGCGGAAGAGGAGGUUGGAUUGUCUUCGGGAGGAGUCAUGUUCCAUGGCGGCAGGCCUUUGUCCCUCCGGGGGUCUCUCAAGGCCCUUGAAGCUGAUAUCCACCAUGCCAACGCCCUGAAAAGAUGUAGAGUAGAGAAAAAGUUUGCCCUUUCGUUUUCCCUCUUCUCCUGAUUGUAUUCGGUUCGUGCUCUAUGCGUUUACUGAUGAAUAUAGGUAAAAAUCCUUCUCUUUUCUUCAGGGCGCACGCUAUACACAGGGCGUAUGGGGGUGCCUGCGUGCAGAUGAGGCUCUCCUACAGCUCCAUGGCUCCAAUCAUUCUCAACCUUAUCCAAUGGAUGGAUUGCAGCUGCUCCUUGUCAUACACGCUCCCUAGUUACCUUGGACUGCUUGAGGUUCUUGUCUACAAGGUUUAUGUUGAUGAAGAUGCCUCUAUAUCCACCAUAGAAAGGAGAGCAAGCCUGAAGGAGUUCUAUGCUAUCAUAUACCCUUUCUUGCAACAACUUGAGGGCAACUUGAUGGAUAAGGACUGCAAGGACAAAGGAUGGUGUAAGGAGUCUGCAGCCGGCGGCGGUCGGAAGCUUGUUGCCGAUGAUGACAGGGAGGAUGAGUGUGGCAUUUGCUUGGAGACCUGCACCAAGAUGGUCCUUCCAAAUUGCAACCAUGCCAUGUGCAUCAACUGUUACCGAGACUGGUAUACAAGAUCCCAGUCCUGUCCGUUCUGCCGCGGGAGCCUGAAAAGGGUCCGAUCCAGAGACCUCUGGGUGCUUACCGGCGACGACGAUGUGAUCGACACGGUGACCCUGGAGAAGGAAAACGUGAAGCACUUCCUCAGCUUCAUCGACAGCCUGCCUCUGAUCGUCCCUGACAACAUGUUGCUGGUCUACUACGACUACCUAGUCUAGCAAAGCUCCCCCCUCCCAUCUGAAGCUCAGGCAGAGGAGAAGGGAUCUGGGAAGAAGAUGAAGCGGUGUACUACAAGCGAUGAAGCAAGCAAAGGGUUCCGGCAGCCGACCAUCCUCUAUGGAUCGAGUUGGCAAAGCGAAGCCGUUGCUGACAAACAAAACUCUUGUGGUCUGCCAUGCCAUUGCACGGGCGCCUUUGCAUGAUGACGUUGCUCGCUGUAAUAAGUGUAAAGAAGAAAAAUGUCUCGGGUUUUACUAGCUUGACAUUUCUUGUCUGGCAAAUUGCCGGAUUAUUCAGAAAAAAAAUGAAGGAAACAGGGGCCUUGGCGCUUUCCAUUUCCUGAGCCAGUACUUUUUUUU